CUCAGUUGAGUUUCAUCCGCCGUCGGUGCCAAUUCGUUCGAUUGUGCCGCGCCCGAUACCGAUACGCGUAUAUACAUACAUAUCUAUAGCAUAUAUAUAAAAAAAAAGAAUCGUACAUAUAGAUAUCAUCAGUCGUUCAAGUUCAACCAAAUAAUUUCAAAGAGUUCCCAGCUCAAUUGUGAAAAAUCCAAAAAGAUCUUUUAAACAAAUCUUAAAAACGACAUCAGCAACGAAGAAAUAGAAACAAAUAGAAGUAACUGCAACAACGACAACUUUUAACACUGCCUCUAUACACACUUAUACACACACGAGCGAGUACACACAACAAACAACUUUCGAUAAACACAUUUCUCAACAAAAACCAUUCGAAAUCAACAGAAACUGAAUCGAAUUUCUUGGCCAACGAAUUGAGUGCCUUUUGCAUUUCGCACAUCCUUGGAGCCUAGACCAAGGAAACGACGACGCGGCGGAGGAGAGAAAGUUAAAAGAAGAAGAGGAGGAGGAGUACGAAUAACAGGAGUCAAGAAGAAACUCCAACGACGACAUCAGGAUGUCCACGCUAUCGUUGCGCAUCCAACUGGAGGGUGGUCGUGUCACCAAGACCAUACAGUUCCAGCCCAACACCACAGUCUUCGAUGCCUGCAAGAUCAUCCGCGAUAAGUUUGCCGAAGCUGUGCAAGGACAACCCAGCGAAUAUGGAUUGUUCAUCUCCGAUGAGCAGAACCAACAGGGCGUUUGGCUCGAGGCUGGACGCACUCUGGGCUACUACAUCCUGCACAACCAGGACACUCUAGAGUACCGACGAAAGCUGCGCACCCUGCGCGUCCGGAUGCUGGAUGGGGCUGUCAAGACUAUUCUGGUGGACGACUCCCAGCCGGUGUCGCAGCUCAUGGUGGUCAUCUGCACCAAGAUCGGCAUCACCAACCACGAGGAGUACGGCCUGGUGCGCGAGGACAACGAGGCCCAGAACGAGAAUCUGCCGGACAACAAGUUUGGAACUCUGACCCUCAAGCGCAAGAUCAUGGAGAAGGAUCGCGACGCCAAGAUGGAAAGUUUACGCAAGAAACUCAAAACGGAUGAUGAGAUGAACUGGGUGGAUGUGAGUCGCACUUUGAGGGAGCAGGGCAUUGACGAAGCAGAGACGGUCCUGCUGCGCCGCAGGUUCUUCUUCUCGGACCAGAACAUUGACUCUCGAGAUCCUGUCCAACUGAACCUGCUCUAUGUUCAAGCCAGGGAUGCCAUUCUAGAUGGCACACAUCCUGUGACACAGGAGAAGGCCUGCGAGUUUGCUGGAAUCCAAGUCCACAUACAGUUUGGACCCCACAAUGAGUCCAAGCACAAGCCGGGAUUCUUAGACUUGAAGGACUUCCUGCCCCAGUCUUAUGUCCGUGUAAAGGGCAUUGAGAAGAAGGUCUUUCUGGAGCACCGAAGGCACUCUGAGCUUUCCGAGAUCGACGCCAAAGUUUUGUACACCAAGACCGCCCGGGAACUGCCCACCUACGGUGUCACCUUCUUCCUCGUCAAGGAGAAGAUGAACGGCAAGAACAAGCUAGUGCCGCGUCUGUUGGGUGUCACCAAGGACUCGGUGCUGCGUCUGGACGAGCGCACCAAGGAGAUUCUCGUCUCCUGGCCACUGACCACCGUGCGUCGUUGGGGCGCCUCACCGAAUACCUUUACCCUAGACUUUGGCGACUAUGCCAACCAGUACUACUCGGUGCAAACGACCGAGGCCGAGCAGAUUGUCCAGCUCAUUGCCGGCUACAUCGACAUUAUACUCAAGAAGAAACAGACCAAGGAUCACUUUGGCAUUGAGGGUGAUGAGGGCUCCACAAUGGUGGAGGAAUCUGUGGCGCCAUCAAAGGCCACCUUCUUGCAACAUGAAACCAAUCGCGGGGAGCAACUCAAUGUGGAGAGUCUGGCUCAUCCGGGCAUUAUGCGUCCUUAUGACGGCGAGCGCUCCUUUACACAGAACGAAGUGCAGACCGUGCAGUAUGGCGCCUUCGUUGGCCAGGUGAACCAUGCCCAUCAGCCGCCAACGACUAAGGAGGUACGGAUUAGUUCUGUGAAUCUGACGGAGCCACAGCGGGCGCUGCUGGGCUACAUUUCCGCCGGCCAGGAUGUCUUGAUUCGCGCUGACGAGGAGCUGCGCACCAAGGCACCCAUCCAGGAGCUGGGCAACGACUUGCGUUCCAUUGAGUGGCGCGAAAACACUCUGGACACCUCGAAGCAAGCUGUCAGCAGCCAUGUGGCCACCAUGAGUGCCGCCACGGCCCAGAUCAUCACCGCUUCCCAGCCGGAUGAAGUGGAUACCGAAGCUAUCUCCGCAUCGGUCUCGCAGAUCGCCCAAACCAUACCCGAGGUUACGCGGGAGGUUCGUCUGAUUGCCGCCCUGAUGGAGAACGACUCGAAUGGCGACCAGUUACUGGAAGCUGCCCGCAAUCUGUGCAAUGCCUUCAGCGAUCUGUUGAAGGCAGCGGAGCCAGAGAGCAAGGAACCGCCGCAGCACCUCAUCAAUGCGGCCAGCCGAGUGGGCGAGGCCACCACCCAUGUCCUAAGCACCAUUGCCGAGGAGGAGGUGCCCGAGAACAGAGAUCUGCACGACAUGCUCCUGGCUCUGGCCAAGGCAGUGGCCAACACCACGGCUGCCUUAGUCCUGCGGGCCAAGAACAUUGCUGCCAGCUGCGAGGACGAGCAGGCCAGGAACCGGGUGAUCGGUGCGGCCAGCCAGUGUGCCCUGGCUACUAGUCAACUGGUGGCCUGUGCCAAGGUGGUGGCUCCCACGCUCCAUAAUGCUGCCUGCAGGGAGCAACUUGAGGCGGCAGCCCGUAACGUGGCUAGGGCCGUGAACUCGCUGUGCGAGGUGUGCAACGAGGCCAGCGCGGAUCCCAAGCUGAAGGCCGAUCUCCUGGCCGCUGCCCGAGAUGUGUCCAAGAGCCUUACGGACAUGCUGGAACACGUAAAGCUGAGCACUCGGGAGCAGGCCAACCGCACCAGCACCGAACUGAGUCCCGUGGAGAACGUGAUCAUCGGAACCGAUAUCCUGGUGUCCACCCACGACCCCCAGGAGAUGGUGCGUCAUGCCAGGACCCUGGGACAGACCACCGCCCAACUUAUCCAGAGCAUCAAGGGUGAGGCGGAUCAGCAGGAGGAUGCCGAUAUGCAGAGGCGUCUGCUCUCCGCCGCUAAGCAACUGGCGGAUGCCACUGCCAAGCUGGUGGAGGCUGCCCGUCUCUGCUCCUCCAAUCCCAAUGUCCCGGAAAACCAGAACGCCCUCCGUCGGGCCGCAGAGGAGCUGAGGGAGAUUACCACCACGGCUGCGAAUACGCCGGCAAUGAAGCGUUCGCUGAUCCAGCGACUGGAGUUCUGCUCCAAGCAGGCUGCCUCGGCGGCGACGCAGUGCAUCUCGGCCGCCCAGAACGCAGUGCAGCACAGCCAGGACCACCAGACCAAGGAGACGCUGCUGCAGGACUGCAAGCGAGUGGCGGACACCAUCCCGCGCCUGGUGACUUCGCUGAAGACCACGCGCGCCCAGCCGGAUGAGCCAAAUGCCCAGCUGAACCUUAUCGAGGCGGCGGAGCAGUUCAUUGAGCCCGCUCUCCAGGUCUCCAAGUCUUCGAGAGCCCUGCAGCCCACGGUUACGGAUAUUCCUUCAGCCACGCAGCUCUCCAAGGGCGCCUUGCACCUGGGACAGUGUGUCUCGGAGCUGCACUCGGUCGCCCAGAGGGCCCGCGACGCCUGCGGUGGCCAGGAGCUGGAGUCGGCGCUGGAAGAGGUGCGCAAGCUGCAUGAUGUGCUGGAUGAUACCCGGCAAGCCGCCUUGGCAGGACAGCUGCUGCCGCUGCCAGGACAAACGGUGGAGAACACCGCGGACGAGCUGAGAAAGUCCGCCAAGAAUGUUGGCAUCGCCCUCAGCCAGCUACUCUCCUCCGUGCUGCACAACCAGAGGAGCUAUGCCGGAGCAGCUGGCAGGGACACGGCUCUGGCCCUGGGUGACUUCACCAAGAGCGUUCACGGAGUGGCGGCCACCACCCAGAACCCGGCGAUCAUCGAUUGUGCCGACGAUGUGGUCACCAGCUCGGCGCGACUCAUCGAACAGGCUCAGCGCACCUUGCAGGGGGCAGCCAAUCCGGAUGCCCUCACCCAGGCAGGAAGGGAGGUCACCGGUGCCCUGUCCGCAGCUGUGGAUUGCAUUCCCGGCCAGCGUGAAGUGGACGUGGCUCUGAGGAAUGUGAGCGAUCUCAGCGAGAUUCUGAGCUCCAUGAGCGACUUCCCACCAUCUUCCCGUCCCUACGCCACUCUGCAGACGGAGCUCAAGCAGGUGGCCGAGCAGCUGAGCAGCUCUGGUGGCCAGAUAGUGGUCUCCUAUGCUUCCCCAGCCCUGCUGGCCGACAGCAGCCAGAACUUCGCGGCCAACUACAGGGACUUGCUAGCCGUGAGCAUGGAGAUGGCUGGUCAGACCCAGGAGGAGCCGGUGCGCUCCCAGAUCAUCGAGUGCCUGCGUCACGUUUCCACUCAGUCGUGUUCUCUGCUCUCGACUGCCAAGUCCAUUGCCGCCGAUCCCGGCCAGCCGAAUGCCAAGAACCUGCUGCAUGCCGCCGCCCGAGGAGUCACCGAGAGCAUCAACCAGUUGGUGGACGCCAGCAUCCAGUCCGCCCCGGGUCAGAAGGAGUGCGACAAUGCUAUGCGCAACAUCGAGGCACUGCGUCUGAUGCUGGACUAUCCCCACGAGCCGAUCAACGAGCUGGGAUACUUUGAUUGCGUGGAGCAGGCCACCGGCAAGUCCAGGAACCUGGGCUACGCCAUCUCGGAGAUGAUCAACAAUGCCAAGCAGUCGCAGCACGUGGAGUUCAGCCAGUCGGUGAACAACGUCAACGAUUCCAUCCAGGGGCUGAUUGAGAGCUCCUCGCAGGCGGCCUAUCUCAUCGGGGUCUCGCAUCCUUCUAGUGUGGCCGGCCGACCCGGAAUCAUCGACCAGGCGCAGCUCACCUGGGCCUACCAAGGCAUCCGCCAACACUGCGACAUCGUUUCCAGCCAGCAGUCCACCAAGCCGCAGAUGAUCACCGCCCUCACCAUCAUCGCCAAGCACACGAGCUACCUGUGCUCCAUCUGCCGCCAGGCCUCGAUGAACACCUCCAACCCGGUGGCCAAGAACGAGUUCAUCGUCCUGGCCAAGCAGGUGGCCACCGCCACCUCGGACCUGGUGCAAGCCAUCAAGGGUAUCGAGGAGCUGCCGGUUAACGCUAGCCGCGAGCGGCUGGUGGAACCUCUCCUGGAAGCCGUCAAGGCUGUUCGUCAGUACGCCUCCAGUCCGGAGUUCAGCUCCGUUCCGGCCAAGAUCUCGGCCGAGGGCAGGAAGGCCCAGGAGCCGGUUAUCCAAGCCGGACGCGGAGUCAUCGACGGUGUUGUGGAGAUGGUCAAGGCGGCCAAGUCUCUGGCCCUGCAACCGGACAACCCACCCGUCUGGCAGCAGCUCUCGAUGCACUCGACUCCAGUGUCGGAGUCCGUGAAGCGGCUGGUGGACAACAUUCGGGACAAGGCCCCGGGACAGGCCCAGUGCGAACAGGUGCUCCACACUCUGGGCACCUGCACUCGCGAACUGGACAGCUGUGCUCUGGCAGUGAACGCCCAGGGACUCAGCCAGCGGCGGGACAACAAUCUCCACGGAUUCAGUGGCCAGACCAUGAACUCGGCCUCCGAGCUGAUCGACAAGCUGGAGCCCAUCCGGGUGGCGGGCAAGAACAACGCCGAGCAGCUGGGCCAUGCCGUCGGCGAGAUCUCGCGGUAUGUGGUGCCCAUGGUGAAUGGAGCCAUCGGCGCCUGCACCCACAUCGUGCACAGCCAGCAGCAGAUGUCGCUGAUCCAGCAGACCCGGUCGGUGGUGGAGAGUGCCGUUACCCUGGUGCAGGCUGCCAAGGACUCUGCCGGCAAUCCCAGAGCCACCCACGCCCAUCCCAAGCUGGACGAUGCCAUUGACGGAACCCGGGAGGCCAUUCAGGAACUGCAGCAGACCGUGGAGAAGAUCAACGCAGAGACGGGCAUUGUGACCGGACUCAUGGAGCAGGUGAACCGAUCCAUCACUCGGCUGACGGACAAGCGUCAGUCCCUGCUGAACGCCUCCUACUCGGACACGUUCGUGGACUACCAGACCCGCAUGGUGGCCCGGGCCAAGGAGAUCGCCAGUCUGGCCAACGAAAUCAAUGCCAAGUGCAGCGUGGAGCCGGCGGCUCUGCCCCAGCUGUCGGUGGACAUGACCCAGCACUACCAGCAGCUGACUCAGGACUCGGUGGGCGCCAGCACCACCACCACCUCGCCCGACGUGGCCAUGCGCAUCCGCACCACGGUCAUCGACUUGGGUCGCUCUGUCAGCUCCAUGAUUUCGUCCUCGGCAGGAGGAGCCCGUCCGGAUGAUGUUCGCACCCAGAAGGAGAUUGCCCGCAACGCCCGUGAGGUCUCCGAGAAGGUGGCCCAGGUGCUGGCUGCCCUGCAAGCGGGCUCCCGCGGCACCCAGGCCUGCAUCAAUGCCGCCCACACGGUUUCGGGUAUCAUUGGAGAUCUGGACACGACCAUCAUGUUUGCCACCGCCGGAACCCUUCACUCGGACGGAGAUGGCAGCUUUGCGGAUCACCGCGAGCACAUCCUGCAGACGGCAAAGGCUUUGGUGGAGGACACCAAGGUGCUGGUCACAGGAGCAGCGGGAACACAGGAUCAGCUGGCCAGCGCUGCCCAGAAUGCAGUGUCCACUAUAACUCAACUGGCAGAGGCAGUGAAGCGCGGAGCCUGCUCUCUGGGCUCCUCCCAGCCGGACUCCCAGGUGAUGGUCAUCAACGCCGUCAAGGAUGUGGCCUCCGCUCUGGGGGAUUUGAUAAACUGCACCAAGGCGGCCUCUGGCAAGUCCAUCAACGAUCCUUCCAUGCAGGAUCUCAAGGAGAGCGCCAGGGUAAUGGUCCUGAAUGUGUCCUCGCUGCUGAAGACCGUCAAGGCUGUGGAGGAUGAGCAUACCCGUGGCACUAGGGCCAUGGAGGCUACUGUCGAGGCCAUUUCACAGGAGAUUCGGGCUAUGCACACUCCUCCGCCAGUGGGCAGCCCUCAGGUGAACCCUGAGGACCUCAUCCGCGUGACCAUGAACGUGACCGCCGCCACUGCCAAGGCUGUGGCUGCCGGAGCCUCCAAUCUGCAGGCUGAUAUUGUGGCUGCCGCCAAUCUGGGACGCCGUGCCAUCUCCGACAUGCUGAUUGUUUGCCGCUCUGUGGCCUGGAACUGUGCCGAAACGGAGGAGCUGCGUGUCCGCACCCUUGAGGCGGGAACUGCUGUGGGCGAAUCCUACAGGGACCUGCUCAACGGCAUCCUUCACAACUGCAGUGCCGACGAUCGUAUGCAUCUGUCACGCCGCGUGGCCAAGUGUGUUACCGAUCUGGUGGCCAUGGCCAGGCUGCUGAAGGGCUCCGAUUGGAUUGAUCCCGAGGAUCCCACAGUGAUUGCCGAGAACGAGCUGCUGGGAGCAGCUGCCUCCAUCGAUGCUGCUGCCAAGAAGUUGGCUUCCUUGAGGCCACGUCGCCAGGCGGAUGUUAAGAUCGAGCUCGACGAGAACAUGAAAUUCGACGAGAUGAUCCUGGAAGCAGCCAAGGGCAUCAUGGCCGCCUCGGCCGCUUUAGUACGCGCCGCCAACGCCGCCCAGCGAGAGCUCAUUGACCAGGGCAAGGUCGCCCGCCGUCCUCUGACCAGCUCCGAUGACGGCCAGUGGUCCGAGGGACUCAUCUCGGCCGCCCGCCUGGUGGCCGCUGCCACGCACAGCCUUGUGGAGGCCGCCCAGAAUCUGGUGCGCGGUGUGGGCACCGAGGAGAUGCUCAUCUCCACCGCCAAGCAGGUGGCCGCCUCGACGGCACAGCUACUGAUUGCCUGCAAGGUCAAGUCCAAUCCCAACUCGGAGGCCGGACGUCGCCUGCAAGCAGCUGGAAAUGCGGUGAUCAAGUCUACAGACAACCUGGUGCACGCUGCCCAGCAGGGACUCGAAGCCGAGGAGGAGCACUCCCUGAAGAUCAACACGUCCAUGGUGGACGGCAUGGCGCAGGAGAUCAACGCUAGGUCAGCCGUACUGCGCAAGGAGAAGGAGCUGGAGGAGGCACGUCAGCGGCUGAAGCACGUGCGACAGGCACAGCGCUACGCGAAGAACGCGCAGGGAUUCACCACCGACGAGAGCGACACGGAGUACGCCUAUGGAACACUCAACAAGAGCCAGAACAAUACACUGGGUCGCAGCGGGGCUUACUACGGAUCCACGGGCGAGGUGCCCAGCUCGCCGAGCUACUACUCCUCCGGGGGACAGCAGAAGCAUCACUACACCUACGCCAGUCCACAGAACCAGCACUUCCAUCAUCCGGGUGCAGUGUCACCGCCGCCGGCCAACUAUCCGACACUAGACGAUGCCAAUGGAGCGGACUUCCCGCCGCCACCACCGCCCCUGUCCACGACCAUUUCUAACAUGCAGACCGCCACGGCGGGCCACUCCUCGUUCCGCCCUAAUCCCAAGCUAACAGCCAACGCCGUGCCCCGGCCCUACCCCGGCAGUCCGGGGGGCAGCAAUGGCCUAACCUCAGCACAGAACCUAGCCGCCACCACACCCACUAACAGCAACAACUACCAGCACAGCUUUGAGUCGACUAGCAUUAAAACGCAAAACUCCUCUCCGCCGGCGGUGCCCCAGAAGCCAGUCAACCGAAACCUGGAGGCCUGUGUGCAGGACCUUCACGACAAGACCUUCGGCCAGGGCGGUGUGGUGCAGCUGACCACAGGUGGUAAUGGCUAUCCGGGCCAGAACUACGAGGGCUACACCUCCAGAUACGAGACGCGCAACUUUGACAAAUCCAGCGGCAACAACACGAUCAGCAGCAGCAGUGAGCUGGGAGUGGUGAAGCCGCUGGAGUCCAGCUUCUCGCAGAUGACCCUCAACACGGACGGGGGAAAGAUCAGCAUUGUGGACCAGCAGGGUUCGGAGCGCCUUACCUCGAUGACACAGCGGGUGAUGGAGCGCAAGUCCUUCACCACGACAACGGAAUCCCGCUCGGAAACGAAGACGGAGAAGCAUAGUUUUCGAUUGGAAUAAUCCCCGAAUCGGAGGAGAUGCUUUAGUUGCCUAAGUACAUGUUCUAGCUUGGUGUGAGGCGAGAUGUGGAUGUUUUGCCAAAAGUGCUUUUAACAUUUGAACACUCCCCCGAACACCACAAACCCACACCCCACAUAUACACAUACUAAUAGAAUUACUUUAAUAUUAAUUAUAAAAUUAGCCACUAGCGAAACUACUUCUAUAUAUGCCUCUAUCCUUGUAAUCAGCCUAAUAUUAACAAAAUCAGCUUAUAUUGCUAUUCGACUUUCGAUGUGUUUUGUGUUUUUCGUAAAUCUGCCAUUUAAUUGCCAAUCUGAAAGCGAAUAUUUUCUUAAAUUCAACGAAAUUACACAAUUAACCCAUUAAUAAUCGUGACAUUUACUGAAUUGGUUUCUCCACCUUGUUGUUAUUUCUUCGAUGCAAUUUAUUACUGUGCACUAAAAAUAAAACUAAAUAUUAUUAUUUCCUAACGCCAAGGACAUCUAUGUUCUUCAGUUGUGAACUCUAUAUACGUUGUAAUCAUAUAAUUUUUUGAUUUCCCUCUUUUUGUAUAUACGUAGUACGUACAUGUGCGAGUCGUGUAUGCAGUUGAAUAUUUAAAUUGUGUACUUUUUGUAAAUUAAUAAAAUAAAAACCAUAUUUUAACAAGA